UGAAUUGAUGUGUUCGCCUUCUUCGUGGUGCUUCAUAUAAAAAUUUUUUCUUUAAUUUGAUUGCGAAAGAAAUGGAAUAUAAUAUUGAAGAAACUUACACAGAACUUGUCGAGGCUGUGAAUUUAGUGAUGAAUCCUUGCACUUCUGCAAAUCAACGUGCCGAAGCGCACAAGAUGUUGGAGGCAUUUAAAGAAACAUCUCCUCUUUGUGCAAAAUGUGGAUUUUUACUUUCUGCGAAAGGCAAUCACCCUACCAUUCGCCAUUUCGGUCUUCGCUUAAUAGAUCAUUACUUGAAGCUGCAUUGGAAUGAUAUUGACUGUGAAGAGAAAUUAUGGAUUAAAGAUAAUGUUAUCCAGCUUAUAGGCACAGAUGCAGAGUCUGCUACAAAAGAAGAAACUUAUAUAAAAGAUGCCCUGUCUCGAAUAGUAGUUGAGAUAAUAAAGAGAGAGUGGCCACAACAAUGGCCAUCACUCAUGGAAGAACUUCAUGCAUUGUGUACUAUGGGUGAUUCUCAAACUGAACUUGUACUGCUUGUGUUUUUACGGUUGGCAGAAGAUAUUGUUCAAUUCCAGAAUAUUCCUGAGCAAAGAAGGAAAGAAAUCUAUAAGACACUCUGCUCACAUUUAAAUGAAUUAUUUGCAUUCUUUUUGAAAACUGUCUCCGAAAAUUGUAACAAAUAUUUUUCAAAUAAGCAAAGUGGAAUUCUUACAAAAGCAAGGAUGCAUUGUCGAGUUGCACAAGUUGCUCUAGAAACUCUCUCUGUAUUUGUUGAAUGGGUACCAGUUAACCAUAUCACUGAAACUUCAUUAAUUAAACAUUUGUGUGUAUUAUUAGAAGAUGAAGAAUUAAGAACACAUGCUGCACAGUGCUUAUUGAGCAUUCUUGACAGAAAAGGUAAAUUUGAAGACAGAAAAGAACUGAUGCUAUUGGUAUUUGAUGAAAAUUCUAUCUUUAUACCAGCUAGUGCAGUGGAUGUAGUAAAUGAACAACAUUAUUUAUUUUUAAAAGUACUGUGCCAGAUGCUUGUUGCGUUAGGAGUCAAUUUAUGUGGUGUUAUGGCUCAAUUUCCAAAUUUAGAAGUACCUAAAACUUUCUCUAAAUAUCUGAAUUCUAUUCUGCUUUUCUCCAAGCAUCCAAGCAUGGUUCUGAGUCACCAAACACAGAAUUUAUGGAUGGCCAUUUUUCGGAGCCCUAGCAUUUCACAAAGUCCAACUCUUCAUGAAAUCAUCCCAAAUCUUCUGCUAUGUGAAGCAGAAAAGUUAUUAAAGCCCAACUCUCCAUUGGAAUAUGAUUUGGAAUCUCCUACAGAUUGUCUAAAAUUUGAUACUGAAGAAGAUUUUGAAGCCAGUUUUAAUAGGUACCGUGCAGAUGUUAUAGAUGUUAUAAGGUUCAUUACAAAAAUUCAACCCAAGCUGUCAUUUUCAUUGGGCAGUUCUCUGCUGAAGUCUCUUAUACAUGGAGAAGGGUGGACACAGGUGUUUGGUUCUUCAGUAUCCCGUAAUAAAAAUCUUAAAUAA